CAUACGCACCUCCACACUCACCUCUUUUCCUCUCUAUCUUCCAUCUCCCUCCCAUCCUCCCUCCCUCUCUCACUCUAUCGCCUCAUUUCUCCCCUCUCUCUAUUCCACUACUUUCCUCUUCCUCUACUCUCUCUCCUACACUCUUCUCACAACCUUUUUCUCUUCCUUUUCAAUUAACCUUUAUCUUUCUCUCUCUCUCUCUCACACAUAGCUCUCAGCGUCUCCCUCCUUUUCACCGCGCACGGUCACUCUCUUUCAUUUCCUAACCUCUUACUUUCCCUCACACCACUCACAAUCCCUCACUCCCUCCACAAAUACAUACACACGUAUUUACAGUCACAUAAACACACAUGCUUCUCUCCUUUACACACACACACACACACACCUUAUUCUCAUAUUCUCUCUUACUACGCCGCCAUCUCUACAACUCUUAUCGUUCUGCUACCGCCGCCUCCGACACCACCACAACCACUAACCUAUACAAUCACCAUUGAUAGUUCCUCACUACUACUACUACCGUAACAGCCACCGUCACGACUGCCUCCGACGCCGUCGCCGCUAUAAUCAUUAGUAUACCAAUAAGUACCACCACCACCAACACCACCACCACCAUCAUCGCCAUUACUUGUCUUCCUUGUUUUUCUUUUUCCCUUUCCACCAGUUUUUCUGCCUUUUCCCCCCACCUUCUCUCACAUUAUCACUAAAUAUACACAAGCACACACACAUACACACUCACUCACAGAUACACAAAUAGAAACGAAAACAAGACUCGCAUACAUAUACACCCUGUGUGAAAAGGCUACACGUACACACAGUCGUACGUAUUUACAAUAUUCCCAUAUACUUACUGGUGAGUACGAAAGCAUGUGCACACAGUCGUAUAUACACGCAUGCGGCGGAGAAUCGCGCACGCAUAUAGCGUGCAUGCAUUUCUAAUACAGACAGCGUUUGCCCCCUCUCUUUCUCUUCUACACACAGACACCACAUGUAAUAUACACAACACACAGACACACAUAUCGACGUUGUUACCUCUCGUCCUCCUUGGCAAGCAUCAGAAGCGAACGGCUGUCUUAUUUAAUCGAUACACUCUGAAAGUCGAUCAUCGUAGAAAAGCAAGACCCCGCGCAAAAUAUUAUUAUUAUUAUUGUUGUUGUUAUAUUCGAAUUUUAUUUUUAUUCUGUUAAAAAUUACUUUUACGGAUACAAGCAAAGAAGAAACAUCAAUGAAAAGAGGAUGAUAAUUUAAAAAUAAUAACGAAUAAUAUAUAUAUAUAUGGAAACGACCAACAAGAAGUGAAUAUAUAAAUAUAUAUGUAUAUAUAAAUGUACAGCAACCAUCGAAAGGGGUGAAAGAAAAAAAGUUAUCUUCUAGAGCCCUGCAUACUGCCAUAACUAACGCCCCACUUUCAUACAUACCUUCAUAUACACAUACAUAUAUACGCGGAUACGAUGGUCGAUCGUAUGGAAGUAUCUUGUGUGUUUUACGCAAUGUUGAUAUAUUACAACACAUAUUCCAUAUGAAUUUACCCGAUUUUUGAAACAAGAUGUGGACGUCAAGACUUCUGGAUUCAAUAUUAUUAAUAAUGUGUUUAGUGUAAAAAAAUAAUAAUAUAUAGAAAGUCAGUUACUAUGUGCAGUCACUGGUACUGGGUACCACCCGAAGAAAAGGAAAAUACAUAUAUUGGGUCGCGGCUAGAAGACCAUGCUGGAGCAAUAUUUUGCGGCCGACCUCCUCCCACAAAUGACUACCUCACAAUAGACUCCCCAACGGCUCCACUGUUCGAUGGUGAAGCCACAGCACGGGAACACUGGCAUUCGAACCUGGGGCCUUGUGAUUCCCGACUGAUUGCUCCGCCACAGAAUUGUCAUCCAGUAUCUAAAUACAUAUGUACUAAUUUUGCUGUGAUGGGGAACUAUCUGGAGCCCAGUGGAGGGCCUCCAGAUUCUUUAAAAUCUUCAAUAUCUGAUCAGUUCUGGGGAACAUCCCAUUCAGAUGCCUAUGCCCGCUAUGUACUAAACAACAAUGUUUACCAACCGUAUGUGCCAUGCAUGUUUGGAGCAGAAUCGUUAUUAUACUCACAAGCUCCAGUCCAUGCUUCUUCUCACAGAAUGUAUGAUCUACAUAAAGAAGCAUUUUUCAAUGGAGUUGGCUCGACUAAUGCCACAACAGGUUUGUACAUACCAUCUCUUGGUCACCAGCAACCACAACAGUCUCAACAACAGCAGAAACAGCAGCAACAGCAGCAGGGACAAGCCCCUGGCCGUCAGACUUCAGUCCAGAUGUUGUUAACACAGCAAUCUACCGGUACUAGUUUAAAACCAGAAAAAUUUGACUCUGGUGCCAACAGUGAUAGGUCUAAGCACUCAGAGAUUUCUACUUCCAAACGCACUACGCCACCUGAUUGGUGUAGCAGACCCAGCAAGGGAUCGUCGUAUUCAACUUCUCAUGUUGACAGCAACAGCAAGUGCAUGUCUGUGAGCAAAGAGUCUCGUUCCACUAAGAAAUUAGAACGAGACUGCAAAGCUGAUGUACAACGUGACAUUGUCAACAUGCAGAAGGAAGAACACGAUACGACCGAAAGCCACGUCCGGACAAACCGUGUGAUAGGAAAAUGUGAAAUGGCUGCAGAUCACCUUACUUUGGAAAACGGACCCAAAAACUGGCCAUCCCACCGCUGUGUCUCCUCUUCAAAGUCCCAAGGCACUGACAAGGAUAGUUGGUCGUCGAGUGAGUCUGCACGACAAAUGAGUCACGUUAAAAGCCAAAGUGUGAUGAAAACAACAUCGAGCAGCAAAAUAUGUCCCCCUGUGAUAGUCCAGCAUGUACCCACAAUGACAACUAUGACUAUGUCACCCUGUGGGUAUCACACAGUUUCAAGUGCAGCUAUGUACACCAAAGGAACUGUGUCGAAUGUCUUUACAACAAGCCGACCGAUUUCUUCUAGUUAUAUUUCUGAAAAUGAAAACAAAAUUUCAAGUGCUUCUUCAACUCAACCACUAACAUAUUCCUGUGUAAAUACCAAUAUUUCUAAGACAAUGUCAGAGGGAAGGAAAGUGUCAGCCGCCAUCUACACUCCAGAAAAGGCCACGGCCUCUCCGCCGCAAGCGUUAGCCUACAUCCGAGGCGGAAGAGGCAAAGUCAGUUGUGAACUAAGGGUAAAGUCUGAAAAGGAUUCCUUACCAUCCUGCAAGGAUCACAAUUUUAGCGUUGACUCUUGCAUGCAUGCUGUGAAGGUAGAAAAACAAAUGGUACCAUGUUUGACUUCCGCAUCCUUGAAGACAAAAUCUGAACGCGCUGGCAAGAAAGUGCAGAAAGUCACUGGUCGACAAUCACCGACGCAUCGGCAGCAUCAAGAACAGCAGCAAUCGAUGCAGCAGCAGCAGCAGCAACAACAGCAACAAUCAUCACAGCAUCAUCAACCAUACCAUCAACAUCAUCAUCAUCAACAGCAGCAGCAACACCACCACCACCAACAGUUGCUACAACCACAGCAUCAUCAACUGCAGCAGCAACAACAACAACAACAACAACAGCAGCAUCAACAUCAGCAGCAGCAACAGCAGCAGCAGCAUGAUCAACAACAUCACCACCACCAUCAUCAUCACCAUCAUCACCACCAGCAACAGCAGCAGCAGCAACAACAACAACACAGUCAAAUGUUUGAAAAUGCUGGGAGCAAUGUCGUUGAUAAAAGGGUCAAACAAGAAGUUGUUGACCGGUUUUUAAUAGGAAGUUGUGAUAAUAAUAAUAAUAAUAAUAAUAACACAGACAGGUCUUACAGUGGCAAAUCUGUGAAUUGCAGCACUAACAGUAGUAGCCAGAUUUUAACCAAUAAUAAUUAUAUUAACAAUAAUAAUAAUAAUAAUAAUAAUAACAGUAUCAAUGGCAGUCAUAGCAACAACAACAACAGCAGUAGUAGUAGUAUUAACAUCAACAAUGGCAGCAUCACCAGCAGCAGAAUUAGCAACAACAGUGUUAAUAGAAAUCUCAACAUUUCACAACAGGAACAUGAGAAAUUAUCAAAAGACCUAACGAGCGAUGCAAUCACGGCUGACAGCAAGCAGUCCCAAGAAAUGAAAAAACUUGGCUCACCGACUGUAUACAUAAAUAUUGCAACCGAUGGUCAGUCUCAGGUGAACAGUAGUAAUUCCAGUGGUCUAGGCCGGCCACAGGCAGCUAUUCUCGACCUGAGUCUGCCUCGGAAAGCAUUAGAUGGUAAUAGCCAGAACAGAAACACCAAUGUAGAUAACUGCGAAGCCGUGAAGAGAAAUGAGGCCUCUUGUCUCUCACAUUCGACGCAGCGGAUAGUGGCCACACCAUCUUAUCCGGCGGUCAUUCCGUCAGUGAAUCAAACAACAGUAGCUUCAUCGUCACAUUCGACGUCGUCACCACCACCGCCACCUAUGUCAUCUUCGUCAUCGUUUUUGUUAUCCUCUUCCUCCUCCUCCUCUUGUUCAGUAUCGACGUCGUCGUUGUCACCUGUAACUUCCUCAAUAUCAUUCUCUACACCUUCGCAGAAGUCUUGUAGUGUCGUCAAGCAAUCGUUGUCACCGAUUUUGAUACAGGAAGACCAGCAUCAACCGCUGAUAUCUGCGCUGCCGUCUCCAAGUAGUAAAAUAACUGCUAAAGCGACGCCCCAGUCGUCAGCAUUACCGUCAUCAUCACCAUCGACAACAUUGUUACCUUCAUCAUCAGAAGUGUCUGUAUCUUCUUCCUUGUCCUCUUCAUUGCCAAUAAUAUCAUCUUCAAUGUCAACGCAUUCUCCCACAAAGCUAACAUCAUCAUCAUCAGUGUCAUCGUCAGCAUCAUCAUUACAUGUAACAGUAGCAGCAUCAUCGUUAUCAUCAUCAUCGUCGUCAUCAUCAUCUGCUGUAAUGGCCAGAUGUGAGAGCUACAAAGAAGAAAUAGACGAGAACAAGUUAUUGCUGUCGUCGACAGCUUCGUGUGGACAGUUAGAUGAGCAUCAGGGGAAGUCCUCUUCAGCUUCAUCAUCCUCUUCAUCAUCAGUGACAUCAUCAGCUCCAUCGAUGUCGAUGUCAUUACCAUCGUCAUCAUCAGUUGUCUUGGCAACAGCCACGUCAUUAUCAUCAUCAUUAUCGUCAUCAUCAUCAUCAACAACAUUGCCUGUAUCAUCAUCAUCGCCACCGUCGUCAUCUUUACUGUUACCAGAAAGAAAAACCGAACACAAACGAGGUGCGUCAUCACCUCGAGACAGCAAAUGUACCAGUCACAACAACAACAACAGCAACAACAGUAAUAACAUUAACAGCAACAGUAGCAGUCAUAAAACGACAACCACGACCACCACCAACGAUAGCAACAACACUGUUUUAAGCAGUAGUAGUAACAUUGCCAAUGUCACCGAAUCUGUGCACAUUUCUGAGAAUACAAAUUCUCCACCAUUGGAGACCGUGGCAGCAAAUGUAGCCAACCAUGAUGGUUUGAUGCCCAAAGUUUUCACAGUUGUCCAACACUCCAGCAAUAACUCAACUCUUAGGAAAAGAAAGAGUACUUGUGACGUUGUUAAAGGAAUGGUGCGGUCUGGUUCAGCACCACCGUCCUCACGUGAUACAAGUCGUCCCUUUUCAUCUAUGGAUGCCACAGUUACCAAAUUGGAAGAAGACCAUAAUCUGUGCACAGGUAUUACCAUUCCAGUUGGAAUUGCCAUAGCCACUCAAAGACAGGAAUUAUCUCGCAGUAGUCAAGGUACACAAUUUUUGUACCCAUUAAUUAAAUUUCAAUUUUUACUGAUAACAGUAACCAUAUGGUUACUGUUAUCAAAUCACUCCGAUUUCCAUUCGUAUAAAACUCCCAACUUUACUGUUAAGAUCAAGUCUUCAGGUCACAUUAGCUGUUCGUUACCAUCUUUCUGUUGA